GAGAGCUUUUUUCUGGAAUUACUAUAUGUUAUUAUAAUAUAUAUUUUUGAAUUGUUGUGUUUUCUGAGUCCUUUCACUCACUCAGGGUCAGUGCUCAGUAGCAGACACUCAAAUAUAGAGUUUGAUUUCCAUUUCCAUUCUCAGACAGAAAAUGCGAGUCCUCGUCUUGUUCUUCCUUUUCCUCCACUCCCUCCAAGCAGCGCGCAUCUCAGAGUACCGCGCGCUGCUCUCUUUCAAAGCCUCCUCCUUAACCGACGACCCCACCCAUGCUCUCUCCUCCUGGAACUCCUCCACUCCCUUCUGCUCCUGGUUCGGCCUCACGUGCGACUCUCGCCGCCACGUGACCAGCCUCAACUUAACCUCGUUAUCUCUCUCCGGCACUUUAUCCGAUGACCUCUCCCACCUUCCGUUCCUCUCGCACCUCUCCCUCGCCGACAAUAAGUUCUCCGGCCCCAUCCCCGCCUCUUUCUCCGCCCUCUCCGCCCUCCGCUUCCUCAACCUCUCCAACAACGUUUUCAACGCCACCUUCCCUUCCCAGCUCAAUCGCCUCGCCAACCUUGAGGUUCUCGACCUCUACAACAACAACAUGACCGGAGAACUUCCUCUCUCCGUCGCUGCCAUGCCCCUCCUCCGCCACCUUCACCUCGGCGGCAACUUCUUCUCCGGCCAGAUCCCUCCCGAGUACGGCACCUGGCAGCACCUCCAGUACCUCGCCCUCUCCGGCAACGAGCUCGCCGGCACCAUCGCGCCCGAGCUCGGAAACCUCUCCUCCCUCCGCGAGCUCUACAUCGGCUACUACAACACCUACUCCGGCGGCAUCCCGCCCGAGAUUGGAAACCUGUCCAACCUCGUCCGGUUAGACGCCGCCUACUGCGGCCUCUCCGGCGAGAUUCCGGCGGAGCUCGGGAAGCUCCAGAAUCUGGACACGCUGUUUCUUCAGGUGAAUGCGCUCUCCGGCUCGCUCACCCCCGAGCUGGGGAGCCUCAAGAGCCUCAAGUCCAUGGACCUCUCCAACAACAUGCUCUCCGGCGAGGUUCCGGCGAGUUUUGCGGAGCUGAAGAAUCUUACUCUGUUGAACCUGUUCCGGAACAAGCUCCACGGCGCGAUUCCUGAGUUUGUUGGAGAGUUACCGGCCUUGGAGGUGUUGCAGCUUUGGGAGAACAACUUCACUGGGAGCAUUCCUCAGAAUUUGGGGAAUAAUGGAAGACUCACUCUCGUUGAUCUUUCUUCGAACAAGAUAACAGGGACGCUUCCUCCUAAUAUGUGUUACGGGAACCGUCUUCAGACUCUGAUAACUCUCGGGAACUAUCUGUUCGGUCCCAUUCCUGAUUCGCUUGGGAAAUGCAAGUCUCUGAAUAGGAUUCGAAUGGGAGAGAACUUUCUGAACGGUUCUAUUCCGAAGGGUCUAUUUGGGCUUCCGAAGCUUACCCAGGUUGAGCUUCAAGAUAAUCUUCUCACGGGGCAGUUUCCGGAAGAUGGUUCCAUUGCCACUGAUCUUGGUCAGAUUAGUCUCUCUAAUAACCAGCUCUCUGGGUCGUUGCCAUCUACCAUUGGCAACUUCACUAGCAUGCAGAAGCUUCUUCUUAAUGGUAACGAGUUUACGGGGCGAAUUCCUCCUCAGAUUGGGAUGUUGCAACAACUUUCUAAGAUUGAUUUUAGCCAUAACAAGUUCUCGGGUCCCAUUGCUCCUGAGAUAAGUAAGUGCAAGCUUUUGACCUUCAUUGAUCUCAGCGGUAAUGAGCUCUCUGGUGAGAUUCCAAACAAGAUUACUUCCAUGCGGAUUUUGAAUUAUCUCAACCUUUCAAGAAACCAUCUUGAUGGGUCCAUUCCAGGCAACAUUGCCUCUAUGCAGAGUCUAACUUCUGUUGAUUUUUCAUACAACAAUUUCUCUGGUUUGGUUCCCGGCACUGGGCAAUUCGGCUACUUUAACUACACUUCUUUCUUAGGGAACCCUGAACUCUGUGGCCCUUAUUUGGGUCCUUGUAAGGAUGGUGUUGCCAAUGGCCCUCGACAACCUCAUGUUAAAGGUCCAUUCUCUUCUUCUCUGAAGCUUUUGUUGGUUAUUGGGUUGCUUGUGUGCUCCAUACUAUUCGCAGUUGCGGCAAUAUUCAAAGCCCGGGCUUUGAAGAAGGCCAGUGAAGCUAGAGCAUGGAAAUUAACCGCAUUCCAGCGUUUGGACUUCACUGUUGAUGAUGUUUUGGAUUGCUUGAAGGAGGACAACAUAAUAGGGAAAGGGGGUGCUGGCAUUGUGUACAAAGGGGCAAUGCCGAACGGGGGUAACGUUGCUGUGAAGAGGUUACCAGCUAUGAGCAGAGGAUCAUCCCAUGAUCAUGGUUUCAAUGCUGAGAUUCAGACAUUGGGGAGGAUUCGACACAGACACAUUGUUAGACUGCUGGGUUUCUGUUCAAACCAUGAGACAAAUCUCUUGGUGUAUGAGUACAUGCCUAAUGGAAGUUUAGGUGAGGUUCUUCAUGGCAAGAAAGGGGGCCACUUGCAUUGGGACACUAGGUAUAAGAUUGCUGUGGAGGCUGCUAAGGGUCUUUGCUAUCUACACCAUGACUGCUCACCACUCAUCGUCCAUAGAGAUGUUAAAUCCAACAACAUCCUUCUUGAUUCCAAUUUUGAAGCACAUGUUGCUGAUUUUGGGCUCGCUAAGUUCCUGCAAGAUUCUGGAGCAUCUGAAUGCAUGUCUGCUAUUGCUGGUUCUUAUGGAUACAUAGCUCCAGAGUAUGCCUACACUUUGAAAGUCGAUGAGAAAAGCGAUGUGUACAGCUUUGGAGUGGUUCUUUUGGAGCUUGUAACAGGCAGGAAACCAGUUGGCGAGUUUGGUGAUGGUGUGGACAUUGUGCAAUGGGUUAGAAAAAUGACAGACUCAAACAAGGAAGGUGUUCUAAAAGUUCUUGAUUCCAGACUUCCCUCAGUUCCACUUCAUGAGGUGAUGCAUGUUUUCUAUGUAGCCAUGCUAUGUGUUGAGGAACAGGCAGUGGAACGGCCUACAAUGCGCGAAGUUGUUCAAAUUCUGACCGAGCUUCCAAAGCCACCAAGCUCAAAACAUGCAAUCACAGAAUCCUCUUUGUCGUCAUCAAACAGUUUAGGGUCUCCAACCACGGCAUCAAAGGAACCUAAAGAUAAUCAACAUCCUCCUCAGUCGCCACCACCCGAUCUACUUAGUAUUUGAAGUGCUCAGUUGAGGAGAGGGGUGUGUUUGAUAUUUGUUUCCUUUGGGUUGUGAUAGCUUAUCUUAUCUACUUGCUUUCUUCAGUUUUUUUCAUUUGGGGUGGGGUUUUCUUUUAAGGUGUUAAUGUUUGAAUGUUUAUUCUCUCUCUUUAUUGGUUUUGUAAUUUGUACAGUAGGAUUGGUGGUGGGAGUAUUUUUCUUAUAUAAAGUCUGUCUUCAUCAUGUAGCACUUGUUUUAUGGUACGUACAGCGCUGUUGCUGUUCUGAUCCUGCACCAGGGAACAGUGUAAACAUCGUGAGAAAGUUUUUUUUUU